AUGCGCAAACCUGAUAGCGUUCCGCCGCCCAUGAGCCACUCGCCAGCCUACUAUCCACACUACGCAUCUCCUGUCAGCUCCUCUCCUGCGGUGCCAUCAACGCCUCGAUUACAUCGACCGGUCCCAGCGCAUCUUUCGGACAGACCAGACAAGUUUUCGCAUGUACCCAACCACAUCAAAGCCUCGGUAUCUAGUGCCACAUCAGGCUCAACAGAUGCCACAAACUCAAGAGUGCAGAACGCACCUCAGCCAUACCCAUACCAAUCUGACCUCGAAAGAGGCGAUGUUGCAGAGCGCAGUCGACGUCACGGCAACAGAAGCCACUCGACCAGUCAUAGAGUCGAGAGUCGGCAAAGAUCGAGAGAAAUGGAACAGCAGCCACCAUCCACAGUCAUUCGGUAUGUCCAGUCAGACAUAGAAGGCGACGACGAUGAUGAUGAAGAGCCUGAUCAUGCCAUUUGGAUACUCUUCUGGAUGUCAAUCAUGGACCCCUUCUACACUCUCUUCAGCUGCUUGUUCUCUAUCAUCACACUCGUCGUUCUAGUCGUCAUUUCGCCCAUACGACUUUGUCAAAAGGAAUGGUCGUUCAGCACCUGUCUCAUUCGAACGCUCUGUCCGAUCUACCGAAAACACCUCCAAAUCAUCUACGCCGGGUCUGUUGACAAUGCCCAUAAUUUCGAGUUCAGCCCAGCUCGAUUGGUACUCAUUCACGUUCUCGCCCCGGGUCUCAGCAUAUGCAUGGCUUUCUUCUCUUGGAUUGCGGCAGUGUUUUGGAUCUUUGCCUUAACGAUGGGCAACCCUGAUGGUACCGAGAAGCGAGACGACGGCAGGGCUACUGUGUUGAUGGCACGGAACAAAUGGGAGAAGUUUCUGUUGCUUGCACUACGGAAUCGGUAG